UAGACGAUCUUUGCAGACCUCCAGCAGCCAGUAGCUGCUGCUGCUGAGGGAGGAAUCAGCUUCGCUCAGCUGUCUGUCAGGUUAUUGCUCUCCGCUCCGUUUGAGUCCCGUGUCUCUGCUAAUGUCGCAGCAUCCAGUGAAAGCCAAGCAGAGGGCCUGCUAGCUGGAGCGGCCCGUCUAAAGGCUGCAUUUGGACGGAACACCUGCGGAGAAAAGGAGCAAUAUCCCGGUAUGUCGUCCGGGCGCGAGAGCGUCGCCAAAAAGAAGCACGUUCGCUUCGCUAACAUGGAGGAGGAGGAGCAGGAGGAGGACACGCUGUUUGACCAGAGGAAGGAGGCCGGCCGGGGGCUAAAGAGCGCCCUGAAGUUGGCCAAGAGGUCAAUGAAAGCGGGAGGAGAGAGCAGGGUGAGGGUGUCCGCUGGAGGAAGCGGCGCGUGCGGCCGUUGGAUGGUGACGCUCGCGCUGUGUGGAUCCUUCCUGGGUUUGGGGAUGGGGAUCUCCGUCGUCGGCCCCACCUUCCAGGAUCUGGCCGCCAAUGUGCACAAGAACAUCAGCAACAUCUCCUACAUCAUCACCGGCCGCGCCGUCGGCUACAUCGGCGGCUCGCUCAUCGGAGGCAUCCUGUUUGAGUGCAUGAACCCCCACGUCCUGCUAGGGAUCUCCAUGCUGCUCACGGCGUUGGGGAUGUAUGCCAUCCCCUUCUGCAAGCAGGUGCUGUUCCUCACCGGGAUCAUGUCUGUGGUGGGGAUGGCUAUGGGAGCUUUAGACACAGGUGGGAACGUGCUGAUCCUGAACACGUGGGGGGAGAACUCCGGCCCCCACAUGCAGGCUCUUCACUUCAGCUUCGCAGCGGGAGCCUUCGCCUCCCCCAUCAUAGCCAAGCUGCUGUUUGGCCAUGAUGGAAACGGCAGCUCGCCGCUCACACCCACCAGCCCCCCCGCCGCCAUGAGCCGCAUCACCCUGAAGUCCAUGUGGGCCUACAUUGUGAUCGGCUCCGUCCUCCUCUUCAUCUCCUUCCUCUUCCUCCUCCUCUACGCCUGCGGCAGCAAGUCGAGGGACAAAGCGCAGGCGGCGUCAGAGCGCCCUCGUGUGGCCAAACACCACUCUGUUCUCGUCGCCCUGCUCUUCUUCUUCUUCUUCGCUUACGUUGGCGCCGAGGUGGCGUACGGCACCUUCAUCUUUACCUUCGCCACGAACUACGCCCACAUGCCUGAGGCCCACGCUGCGGGGCUCAACUCUCUGUUCUGGGGCACCUUCGCCGCCACUCGAGGGGCGGCCAUCUUCUUUGCGGCCUGCUUGUACCCCGGCACCAUGAUCCUGCUCUGCCUGCUGGGCUCCGUCCUCUCCUCGCUCCUUCUCUGCCUCUUCACCAACAACCACGCCGUGCUGUGGUUCGGCACCGGGCUCUACGGCGCCUCCAUGGCAACCACCUUCCCCAGCGGGAUCUCCUGGUUGGAGCAGUACACCACAGUGACGGGCAAGACGGCGGCGGCCUUUGUGGUGGGGGCGGCGCUGGGAGAGAUGAUGCUCCCCUCUCUGGUGGGCUUCCUGCUCGGCGUUUUCCCAAAGCAGCCGCUGCUCAUGUACCUGUCCAUCAUCACCGCCACCUUCACCUCCAUCCUCUUCCCCGUCAUGUACAAGGUCGCCUCGGCCCCCGGCGAUCAGAGCAGGAAGCCUGGCAUCAGGGGUCGCUCGGACGCCGACGACAGCGAGUACAGACAGGCCCUGCUGGACUCAGGCGCCGAUGAGGAGGAGGAGCAGCAGAACGAGGCCGAUCAGUGGAACGACGCAGACUUUGAAAUCAUCGAAAUGGACGACGCGUCGAGUUCUAAUUCCCCCAGUAAGGAGUCGUCUCCUCCUGAUGGCGGCGCUGUGACGGUGACCACGGAGUCAGACGGCGAUCUGCUGCAGGGAGACUCCCAGACAUAAGCUGCUGCUGUUACUGAACAGACAGAAGGACUGAAACAUGGCGCUCAGCGUUCCGGCAGACGCUGCUUUUCAUUGGUUCCUGUGUUUCUGCGGCGUGGCGAAGCAGGGUCACU